AUUGGCAGGCUGAGUCCAGAGCCCUAAGGUCCCUGUACUACAUCAAGGCUCUUUCAGAAACAGGGAGCUUUAGGAGGGUGCAACAGAGCAUGGUGGGGACUGUGGAAAAUGAGGACUAGAUUCUGCUGUCCUUGGUUGUUUGCCCUCCCACUUCCCUCGGGGUAAAAUCCCAAAUUCUCCCAAAGGCCCACAAGGCCCUGCAAGACCUACCCCCUUCACCUCCCUGCUCUCACCUCCUCCCUCUUUCCCCCUCCCUCACUCAGCAGCAACCACACAGGGUUCACUCUUUCCAACACACCAGGCACGGUCCUGCCUCAGGGCCUUUGCACUGGCUGUUCCCUCAACGUGGAACACUUUUUCCUCCGAUAUCCCUAUUUCUCUCCUUCACUUCUUUCGAAAAUACUCAAAUGUUACCUUCUCAGUGAAGAAGCUUUCCCUGACCAUUCUAUUAAGAACUACAACCACCAAAAAUGGCUUCCCCACUUCCCCUUCCCUGCUUCAUUACUGUCCGACAUACAGUAUACCUUACUUAUGUAUUAUGUUGUCUUCACCACUCCUAUCUCAACUUUUAAAGGCAAGGAUUUUUUGGUCUGUUUUAUUCACUACUGCACCCUUGGCAUCUAGGACAGCAUCUAGCACACAGGCACUCGACGAGUUAUUUGUUGAAUGAACGCCCUAAAUAAAACUAGCAGUAUUUAAACAAUUAAAAACCCCAUCAGGAAAUCCAAACACUUCUGUGGGCCGAUUGUGGCCGGCGAGAAGCCAGCUUCAGAGCCCCAAGUGGAUUACUGAACAUUUCCGGUUCCCGCAUAGGGCUCAGGGGUAUAUACGGGAGCCGAGGCCCCACCCCCUCUUAGGCUCCGCCCAACUGCGUCGACGCGCAUACAAUGGCGUCACUUGGAGCGACCCAGGCAUGCGCAUUUCACUAGUACGACUGGGGAAGACACACGCGCGACCCGGAAGGCCUCGCCGCAACACUCCAACGCGGGCGUGAGGGGGGCCGAUGGCGGAGGGAGCGGUGGAAGCCCCAGCAGAGAGUGGUGGUGGUGGCGACCCAGGAGCCAUCGAGCCGGAACGGGGAGUAGCGUCCAUUAAACUUCAAUACCUAACCUCCAAGGAGCACUUCCACGAAUUCCUGGAAACCAAAGGGCAGGAGAAGCCCAGCCAGGAAACCGAGGCUGGAGACCCUGCUGGCAAUGAGCUGGCUGAGCCUGAGGCCAAGCGGAUCCGGCUGGAGGACGGGCAGACAGAGGACAGGCAGACAGAGGAGGAGGCUGUUGAGCCUGGGGAGAAGCCACAGGCUCAGAAGAGGGCCCGGGGUCAGAACAAGUGCCGGCCCCAUGUGAAGCCCACCCACUAUGACAAGAACAGGCUCUGCCCCUCCUUGGUCCAGGAAUCCGCAGCUAAGUGUUUCUAUGGUGACCGCUGCCGCUUCCUGCACGAUGUGGGCCGCUACCUGGCGACCAAGCCAGCUGACCUGGGCCCCCACUGUGUGCUCUUUGAGACCUUUGGCAGGUGCCCCUAUGGUGUGACCUGCCGCUUUGCCGGGGCCCAUCUGGGGCCCGAGGGCCAGAAUCUGGUGAAGGAGGGGUUGGUCCAGGCCCCGCCCAUACGCAAUGGUCUGGACAAGGUCCUGCAGCAGCAACUGCGAAAGCGCAAGAUCCACUUCAAGCGUGCAGAGCAGGCCCUGCUCCAGCUGAGCAAGGGCCAGCUGCCAGGCCCCACUCCCGAAGCCACUGUCCCCGAGGUCAUGGAGGCUGAGGGUGCCCCAGGGCAGGACAACUGUGAUGCCCAGCAGGCCCCCCAGGGACCAGGCACCGUUGCCUCUCCCAGUGGCCCUUUAAGGACCUGCGGGCCCCUGACAGAUGAGGAUGUAGUCAGGUUGCAGCCCUGUGAGAAGAAGCGGCUGGACAUCAGUGGCAAACUGUACCUCGCCCCCCUCACCACGUGCGGGAAUCUGCCCUUCCGGCGGGUCUGUAAGCGCUUUGGGGCGGAUGUGACGUGCGGGGAGAUGGCUGUGUGCAUCAACCUGCUGCAGGGCCAGACGUCUGAGUGGGCCCUGCUCAAACGCCACCCCUGCGAGGAUGUCUUCGGCGUCCAGCUUGAGGGCGCCUUCCCCGACACCAUGACCAAGUGUGCUGAGCUGCUGAACCGCACCAUCGAGGUGGAUUUCGUGGACAUCAACGUCGGCUGCCCCAUCGACCUCGUGUACAAGAAGGGCGGGGGCUGCGCCCUCAUGAACCGCUCAGCCAAGUUCCAGCAGAUCGUCCGCGGCAUGAACCAGGUGCUGGACGUGCCGCUGACCGUGAAGCUCCGCACGGGUGUCCAUGAGCGCGUGAAUCUGGCCCACCGGCUGCUGCCCGAGCUGCGGGACUGGGGGGCCGCGCUGGUCACGCUCCACGGCCGCUCGCGGGAGCAGCGCUACACCAAGCUGGCCGACUGGCGGUACAUCGAACAGUGCGUGACAGCAGCCAGCCCUAUGCCCCUUUUCGGAAACGGGGACAUCUUGUCGUAUGAGGACGCCAACCGUGCCAUGCAGACUGGCGUCGCUGGGAUCAUGAUCGCCCGCGGCGCCCUGCUCAAGCCGUGGCUGUUCACGGAGAUCAAGGAGCAGCGGCAUUGGGACAUCUCGUCGUCUGAGCGCCUGGACAUCCUGCGGGACUUCGCGCACUACGGCCUGGAGCACUGGGGCUCGGACACGCAGGGCGUGGAGAAGACACGCCGCUUCCUCCUUGAGUGGCUCUCCUUCCUGUGCAGGUACGUACCCGUGGGCCUGCUGGAGCGGCUCCCGCAGAGGAUCAACGAGCGGCCGCCCUACUACCUGGGCCGCAACUACCUGGAGACGCUCAUGGCCAGCCAGAAGGCGGCCGACUGGAUCCGCAUCAGCGAGAUGCUGCUGGGACCCGUGCCGCCCAAUUUCGUCUUCCUGCCCAAGCACAAGGCCAACGCCUACAAGUAGCCGCAGGGGUGGGCGGGGGUGUCUGAGCACCCAGCGGGCUCCCCAAGGAAUCAGGCAAUAAAUUUUAUUCU